UGUCACAGGUGAAUCCUGAGGCUGGACAGUAUCGUUGUAAUCCUCCCUUGUUCCUCAAGAAACUAGAGAUUAUCUAUGCAGGUAUUAACUUAGAUGGUGAAGGUACUUCUUCAGGUAACAAAAUGAUGCAAAUAUGCGAGCAUCGUGAUGAAGAAAAUGAUACUGGAUCUGGAUAUGUAGCUAAGCUAAGCGUGUCUGAUAUCGCGAUUCGUCGUCGGUAUAAGUGGCCACCAUCCUCACAUGCGAUUUUUGUGGACGUGUGUGUCCAAGAGUCUUUUAAAGGAAACAGACCAAUCAGACGUAACCAACUUUACACAAAGGAAGCUUGGAAAAUGAUUCUUGAGAUAAUCAAUCGGAUCACAGGACUUGGAUACACACAUAAGCAGCUCAAAAACCACUUCGAACGUACCAGGAAAGCUUGGAGGCACUGGUGUCAAACUAUUGCCUCUCCCAUCAUGAAGUGGGAUGCUAAUACUCGCAAGUUUGGUGCAACCGAAGAGGACUGGGAUAAAUACUUGAAGGUAAAUAAAAAAGCUGCAGUGUUCAGAUGGAGACAUAUUCCUCAAGCUGAUAAACUGGAAACUAUCUUCAAAGGACGUAUCGAACCUGGAAAGACCAAAACCCGCCGUUAUCGCAAGAAGAUUCCAGUGAAUGCAUCGGUCAAGAAGAAGGAGUAUACCAUUGAGGAAUGCAUGGAGUGUUAUCUCCAUAUCUAAAUGUCUCUCUCAAAUCACCACACAAUUAGUAUUCAGUUUCAAACGAAUUUACUAUUAUGCAGCUUUGAUUUUUUUCCUCGUGCUACAUAUUUUUUUUUUCUCUAUGAACUAUAUACAAAUAUUGUUUAAUUUUGCUGAUUUUAGACGGUUUGAUUUGUAUUUCAUGUUACACUAAUGAAUCGAGUCUAGGUUC